UUUGCGCACAUUAUUGAAAACACCGGCGUUGACUUAGAUCACCGGAAAAACAUUAACCGUAUUUAUGUUAUUAAUACAAAUAAUCAACUCAUAGCUACGUCCACUUCAAACAUCAGCAAUCGUCGAUGAGUAGCAAGUAGAGCAGAAAAUGAACGAUUCUUCCGAUUCGGAGUACGAGGACACCGAGUACCUGGUUUAUGCGGAUUUCAAGAACCACGUUCAGCCGCACCAGCUUAAGCACGAGGACGCAGCUAUCAAGAUUAUUGGGAUCGAGAGUGACACGCCUAUGGCGGAAGUGAAUGGCAACAUCUACCGGGGACGCUACGAACAUUCGGUGGGGACUAACGUGUUCUUUGAGAAAGACAAGGACAAUCUGGCCAGCGACCCGCUAUUCGAGUCAGUGUGUCGCCAGCGGUACCAGUACGUUGACAAGUCCACAAAGGUGAUAUCCUUUGAACGAGUCUACGUCGACAAUUUGCACCUGGAAGCCGAGAAAUCUGUGAAAUCAGAGGAAGGCGAGCAGGCUGAGGGCAAAUCGGAAUCAUUAAAGCUGAAUAUUAGCUACAAAGAGGCCAUUUACAAGUUUGGAGAGGAGCACUAA